AUGCUGGCCAGGGGCCUCGUCCCGCGCUCAGGCCUGCUCAAGGGCCACCAGCCCCUCCUGAGCACCCCUCGAGAGGGCCCGGGGCAUCCCUGGGGGCCUCCUGGAGAGGGAGCUGGCAUGUCCACACGCAGCCCUCGCCCCUACACCGAGAUCCCCUCCCCCGGAGACAACGGCUGGCUUAACCUGUUCCACUUCUGGAGGGAAAACGGCUCCCACAGGAUCCAUUACCACCAAAAGCAGAACUUCCAGAAGUACGGGCCCAUCUACAGGGAGAAGCUGGGCACCGUGGACUCGGUCUACAUCAUCAACCCUGAGGACGUGGCCCUGCUCUUCAGGUUUGAGGGGUCCUACCCGGAGCGCUACCAGAUCCCACCCUGGGUGGCCUACCACCAGCACUUCCGGAGGCCCGUGGGGGUCCUGCUGAAGAAGUCGGGGGACUGGAAGAGAGACCGGCUGGUGCUGAAUGAGGAGGUGAUGAGCCCCAAGACCAUCAGCCACUUCGUCCCCCUGCUGGAGCCUGUGGCUCGGGACUUCAUGGGGGUCCUGCACAGGCGCAUGGAGCAGCAGCAAGCAGGGACCUUCUCUGGGGACAUCAGUGAAGACCUGUUCCGCUUUGCCUUUGAGUCCAUCACCCAUGUCAUCUUUGGGGAGCGGCUGGGCACGCUACAGGAGAUGGUGAGCCACGAGUCCCAGAGCUUCAUCGAUGCCGUCUCCCAGAUGUUCCAGACCAGCGUCCCCAUGCUCAACCUCCCCCCAGACCUCUUCCGCCUGCUCCGGACCAAGACCUGGAGGGACCACGUGGCCGCAUGGGACUUGAUCUUCGACAAAGCGGAGAUGUACGUCCAGAACUUCUCCUGGGAACAGAGGAAGCAGCAGCAGCUGGACACGUACCCGGGCAUCUUAUACUGCCUGCUGGGCAGCAACAAGAUCCCGUUCCAGGACAUCAAGGCCAACGUGACGGAGCUGCUGGCGGGUGGCGUGGACACGACCUCCACGACGCUGCAGUGGCACCUGUACGAGAUGGGUCGCAACCUGAUAGUACAGAGGAUGCUGCGUGAAGAGGUCCUGGCCGCCCGGCGCCAGGCAGCCGGAGACGUGAUCAAGAUGCUGCAGCUGGUCCCGCUGCUCAAGGCCAGCAUCAAGGAGACGCUGAGACUCCACCCCAUCUCCGUGACCCUGCAGCGGUAUCUCGUGAAUGACUUGGUGCUUCAUAAUUACAAGAUCCCCGCCACGACCUUAGUGCAAGUGGCUGUGUAUGCCAUGGGCCGGGACCCCACCAUCUUCCAAAGACCCGAAUCUUUUGACCCCACACGCUGGCUGAGUAAAAACAAGGAGCUCACCCGCUUCCGCCACCUGGGCUUCGGCUGGGGCGUGCGGCAGUGCGUGGGCCGCCGGAUCGCCGAGCUGGAGAUGACGCUUUUCCUCAUCCAUUUCCUGGAGAAUUUCAGAGUGGAAAUCCAGAAGCUCAGGGAUGUGGACACCACAUUCAACCUCAUCCUGAUGCCUGACAAGCCCAUUCUCUUCAACUUCAAACCCUUCCACCAGGAACCCCCUGCGGAGUGA